AUGGAAGAAGAAGUGAAGGCCCUAGUUGACGGACCAUUCCAAUUACUUACGGAAGCCGUUGAAAAGCACAGUCAAGUGAUCAUCAACUGUCGAAAUAACAAAAAGCUUGUCUGUCGCGUGAAAGCGUUUGAUCGGCAUUUCAACAUGGUCUUAGAGAAUGUUAAAGAGUAUUGGACGGAGAUGCAGAAAAUGCCUGAAGGGAAACCAAAGCCUAAAACAUGUCAUAGAAAUGUGAGCAAGAUGUUUCUUCGUGGUGAUUCCGUCAUCAUUGUAGUGAAGGCGCCAGAAAGUUUAUCUAAGUGA